UCAAACGUUGUAACAAAAAGUUAUACUUAAACUAUAUGUACUGUAUUUGUAGUCAUUGAAUUUUUAUAUUGUUUGUUAACAUAAAUAUAUACCUAAUUAAAUCAAUAUUUUAAUGUCAUUCGCUUAAAAGUGUUUUAAUUAUGGAACAGUGGAAAGCCAAAGUAGCAAUAAUAACUGGCGCCAGUGCUGGAAUCGGUGAGGCAAUUGUUGUCAAGUUGGUUAAGUAUGGCGUUCAUGUUGUAGCGCUCGCUAGAAGAGAAGAUAAACUUAAGGAAUUAGCAGAAAGGCUAAAUGGGAAAGGAAAUGAUUAUGGAAAAAUAUACAUAAAAGUUUGCGAUGUGACAGACGAACAAGCUGUAAAAAAUGUAUUUUUUUGGGUCGAUUCUACACUAGGAGGUGUUAGCAUUUUAAUUAAUAAUGCCGGAACCGUUAUAUUAUCAAGCCUUCUAAAUGGAAAACUGGGAGAUUGGCAAGAUAUGAUGAAUUUAAAUGUUAUGGCGUUAAAUGUUUGCUCAAGGGAAGCUUAUCAAUCAAUGACGAGAAAUAAAAUCGAUGGUCAUAUUAUUCAAGUGAGCAGUACUGCUGGUCAUAAUAUAAUUCCAUACUUUUCAAUGAAAAUGUACAAUGCUACAAAACACGCAGUCAGGGUUUUAUGCGAGGGACUUCGUCAUGAACUACAGUUAGUAGGCUCAAAAAUCAAAGUUUCUAGCAUAAGUCCAGGAGCAGUUUCAACAGACCUUUUAAUAAAUAUGUUUGAACGUAUUAAAGAACCAAAUUCAACAGUUCAACUAAAUAACAUAAACGCACUUGAAACUGAAGAUGUUGCUAACACAGUCAUAAGUAUUUUAGCUACUCCGCCAAGUGUACUAAUAGCUGAAAUUACUAUCGUGGCUAAUGGAUCAACAAUACAACCACAUGUCCAACCAUCGCCUGCAGUUGUGGAAAACUUAUUAAAAUCAUAAAAAUAUGUAUCUUAAUUACAAAUAUUUAUCAGCUAUCUUAUAAUAUUAUAAUACGUAAUAAUUAAAAAAAUAAGAUAA